AUGAUUCAAAUCAGAAAACGUCUAGUCCUGUUUAUAGUUCUUUUGGAGCUAUUUCACUAUUCAAGCGCUUAGCAUGAUAUGUCAACAAUGACAACAACAGUAACAGUAUCAGCUGUGACUCCUGUCAAUUUAAACAACUAAGGAUCUCCAAACUUCACUUUGUCUUACUACACCAAGAAUUACUAUGGAACUCUUUAAUUCCACGUUUCAUUGAUGCUAGACAAUUAUACUGUCACUGGCUAUACAACAGAUAGAGGAGUAUGGGCUGCUAUUGGAUUCUAUAAUACCAAUCCAUCAAAUAACUAUUAUGAUGGUAUUCUUUGCAAGCUUAAUUCAAUAAACUUCAAUAAUACAAAGGAUUUGGCUACAAUGAGUUGUUUCGAUGUCUAUUUCAAUAAGAUUACUUAUAUUCUCACCAAUGACACAAAUAAUAAUGUAUUAAAUGACUUAACAAAAGCUAAUACAUCUUAUAAAACAGUUGGUGCAGCCACAACUGCUAUGAUUAUGUAUCAUUUCUAAAGAAAUUAAAUAACAGAUGAUCCUGGAUUUGAUUAUAAUAUAACUGAUGGCGAGCAAUUGCAAAUAUUCUCUGCCUAUGGGUAGUUGAAAGGCGGAGUCAUUUAGGAAUCAUCUACCUACAUCUUGAAUAACAGAUUCAACGCAACUUUAAAUCUAAUAGAAAUGGGCGGAUCAGAUGCCACAAUGCUCAAACAAGGAUUUGCUCUAGUUUUUGCUAUAGUUUCAGUUGCAACAGUAAUUUUAAUCUGA